AUGUCAGCGGUGUGGAUCAGGUCCUCUCUACUGAGGUCCAGGGCAACUCACCUCAGACAGCUCAGUGUGUUCUCUAGAAGGGCUGUGUUACAACCUCUACAGGUGGUCUCCUCACUACAGAAGACAUGGACACCUGGGAACCCAACCUGGUGCUGUAGAUCCCUCCAUGUGGACAGUCCCCCCCUGGUCCCAGGGCAGAGCUUCAGCUACGUCCAUGGGGCCUCCUCAGUGUCCCUGCUGGGCCAGACGGUGGGUCAGAGUUUGCAGGCGGCAGCUGACCGCUGGCCCCACAGAGAGGCCCUGGUGUUCCUGCAGGAUGGAGUCCGUAAGACCUUCUCCCAGUUUCAGGAAGAUGUUGACCAGGCCGCUGCAGGUCUCCUGGCCCUGGGUCUGAAGAGAGGGGACAGACUAGGAGUCUGGGGGCCCAACACAUACCACUGGAUCCUGUUUCAGUUCGCCACAGCCAAGGCCGGCAUCAUACUGGUGUCGAUAAACCCAGCCUAUCAGCUGAAGGAGCUGGAGUUCACCCUGGGGAAGGUGCAGUGUAAAGCUGUGGUGUGUCCCACCCAGUUUAAGACCCAGAGGUUCUGUGACAUGCUGAGACAGAUCUGCCCAGAGAUGGACACAGCAGAGUCAGGGGUCUUUAGGAGCUCCAGACUACCAGACCUGUGUAUGGUGAUUGUGACAGACAGCAGACAGACAGGGACUGUAGAUGUAGAGGAUGUGAUGCAGGCUGGAAGCAGACAGCACCACCAGGAGCUGCAGGACCUGCAGACCAAACUGUCCUUCGACGACCCCAUCAACAUACAGUUCACAUCCGGAACCACAGGAAAUCCUAAAGGUGCCACCCUCUCCCACCACAACAUCGUCAACAACGCCUAUUUUGUGGGUCUACGUCUGGGAUUCAACUGGAAGCCUAUAAGAGCGUGUGUUCCUGUUCCCCUGUACCACUGCAUGGGCUCAGUGAUCGGAGCGAUGUGCAUGGCACUGCAUGGCAUCACCCUGGUCUUCCCCUCUGCUGGGUACGACAGCCGUGCCAACCUGGAGGCCAUUCAGAAUGAAAGGUGUAAUUUCCUCUACGGAACUCCUACCAUGUACAUUGACAUGCUUGGACAGCCUGACCUACACAACUAUGACCUGUCAUCAGUUGAAUCUGGGUUUACUGGUGGGUCUCUUUGUCCUCCUGAAGUCAUGAGGAAACUCAAAACUGAUAUGAAUGUCAAGGAUAUGAUAAUAGGCUAUGGGACCACAGAGAACAGCCCUGUAACAUUCCUUGGUUUCCUGCGAGACAACGAGGAACUGAAGACCGAGACGGUGGGAUGUAUCCUAAACCACACAGAGGCGAAGGUGGUGGAUGUGUCCUCUGGAGAGGUGGUUCCUCUGGGGGAUCCAGGAGAGCUGCUGAUCAGAGCUUACUCUGUUAUGUUGGAGUACUGGGACGACCCAGACAAGACCAGUGAGGCCAUCACCAAAGACCGCUGGUACAGAACCGGUGACAUAGCCAGUCUCGACAGGUUUGGGUACUGCCGUAUAGUGGGACGUAUAAAGGACAUGAUCAUACGUGGAGGAGAGAACAUCUACCCUGCUGAGAUAGAGAAGUUCCUCCACACCCAUCCCAACGUACAGGAGGCCCAGGUGAUUGGUGUGAGAUAUGAGAGGUUGGACAGGUUUAUAACUUCUAUUUCUCACUUCAAGAUCCCCCACUAUGUGGUGUUUGUGGACAGCUAUCCACUGACUGCCUCUGGAAAGAUCCAGAAGAAUAAACUGAGGGAGGAGAUGGAGAAGAAGCUGGGUCUGUGAUGGACAGAGGGACCU